AUGGCUGCUCUGAUCGCUGUCACCAUCGGCAUCGGUGCAGAGAAGCUGGGACGCAUCAUCUCAGAGAAGAGGCUCGAGCACAAGGACAAGAAGGCAGCACAAUCACGCCGAGUCCUCAUCUGGUCAUGCUGCGGCGCGGACCAAGCUUUCAUCGAGGCGGCAGGAGAAGAUAGAUGA